AUGGCCGUCACCCCUCCCAAAGCACAAGAUGACGGGGAAUUCGGUCAAGUUGAGAGCUGCCGCGAACCCGGCGCCGUGACGGAGACGGCGCGUGUUAUUGACCAUGCGGCCGAACGCAGCUUGUGCCUUAAGUUUGAUGUCCGCAUCCUGCCUGUACUGGCCAUCAUGUACUUGUUCAAUGCUCUCGACAAGGGAAACCUGAGCAAUGCCCAGACGAAUGGGCUCGGCGAAGACCUCGGCUUCAAAGACGGCCAGUACAACCUCGUCGUCUCCAUCUUCUUCGUCCCCUUUGUCCUCUUCGCGCCGCCCUUUGCCAUGCUGAGCAAGAAGCUGGGCCCGGCGCGGUCGCUGCCCGUCAUGAUGUUCGCCUUCGGCUCCAUGACACUCGCCACGGCCGCGACGCAGAGCUUCGGCGCCCUCUUCGCCGUCCGCUGGUUCCUCGGCAUGGCCGAAGCCGCCUUCUUCCCCAUGGUCAUCUACUACCUCACCACCUUUUACCGCCGCGGCGAGCUCGCCCGUCGUCUCGCCGUCUUUUACGCCGCCUCCAACCUGGCCAACGGCUUCAGCGGCCUUCUCGCAUUUGGCGUCUUUCACAUUCGAUCCGAACGCCCGGCCUGGCGCUACCUCUUCCUCAUCGAGGGCUCCGCCACCAUCCUGUUCGCCGCCUUUGCUUAUUGGUACCUGCCCCGGAGCGCCGCCGAGGCCCGCUUCCUCGACGACCGCCAGCGCGCCCUCGCUUUCCACCGCAUCCAGGUCGACUCGUCGUCCAUCGUCUCCGAAGACUUCAAUCUCCGCGACUCCCUCUCCAUCUUCACCUACCCGACCUCGUUCGCCUUCCUCGCCAUUGAAAUGUGCCUAGGCGUUCCGCUGCAGUCUGUCGCUCUCUUCCUACCGCAGAUCAUCGAGCGGCUCGGCUACUCGACCGUCCUGACGAACCUCUAUACCGUCGCUCCUAGCGCAACCGGCGCUGUCAUGCUCCUUAUACUGGCCUUUUGCUCCGACUUGACCCGCAUGCGCUUCCCCUUUAUCAUUCUGGGAUACGUCUUCACCUUUGUCGGCUUCAUCAUCUACGCCUCCAUCGACCAUGUCGAAAACCGGCUCCAGCUCGCCUACAGCGCGACAUUUAUGAUGUGCUGGGGCACCUCUGCUCCGUCCGUAAUCCUCUCGGCCUGGUAUAAUAACAACAUUGCCCACGAAGGCCGCCGCAUCACCCUCACGUCGGUCGGUGUGCCUCUGGCCAACGCCAUGGGCCUCGUGGCUAGCAAUGUCUUUCGCGAGGACGAUGCCCCCAAAUACUUGCCCGCCCUCAUCACAGCCGCCAGCUUCGGCGCCGCGGGUGCUCUCAUCACUGCCUGCCUCGGCGCCUAUAUGAUUUUCGACAACAAGAGACGGGACCAGAGAGCUGGCAUCCACGUAGAUGUCCGUGACAUUCCCACACAGCGGCUGCGCAACGGCCCCAGCGUCGACGAAUUCCGAUGGUUUCUGUGA